AUGUUCCCCUCCGCCGACUUUUCGGCCUCUCCCUCCUUCGAGGAACUCGCUGCACAACUGGGCAUCGAAUUCACCUGCGACACCUCCGAUGUCCCUCUCAACGAGGAUUCUCCCUACCGCCCUGCGACGUGGUGCACAAUUGCCAAGCCCACGCCCCUUCCACAUCACCUUCUUAACUCUCUAUUUAUCAUUUUUGGCCUGUGUGUGCGCCUUUACGCCCCUCGUCAUGUCACUCCUUCAGUCCUUCCUUGCCUCCAUGUUUAUUAUUAUGAUGCCGCCAUUUCAGAGUCGACAAUUCCUCUUGUAUAA